CGUUCUAUAUUCAACCAAAUCAUCCGAUGAAUGUUGCUACACCUCCUCCACCGACACAGAAAACAACGCCAGUUUCAUAUCAUGAUGAGAUGCUCACGGGCGCACCUCCCAUUCAUUCAUUACCUGCUACCCAAACAAGAUUCCCAGAAUUUUAUCAAGCUUCAGGUGCACAAGAGCCGGAAGUCGUGAGAUUGCCGAAAUACUUCAGGUGUAAUUUAGGAGACGGGCCAACACGAUAUCGUCGAGAGAGGACUGUCUUCACACAAACACAACUCAGAGCUUUUGAAAAGAGAUUUGAAAAACAAAAAUAUCUCAAUACGCAGGAACGGUAUGAUCUCGCAAGGAACCUUGGUUUAUCAGCCUUGCAAGUCAAAACCUGGUUUCAAAACAGGAGGAUGAAAUGGAAGAAAACUAAAACACCGCAAUCUGAGAACCAAGAUUCUGAGGAAUUGGAUCGAGACCACAAUAAAGAGAAAGAUGAACAUUGUUUACAACCGCUUGAAGACACUCAGUCGUUAGUACUUACCAAUAUUGAGCAAAUCACCUUUCAAUAAUUAUUCAGUAUAUUGACUGUUGUAUAUAUACAAACUUAUAUGUACAUGCAUGCAUAAUUGUAUGUGAUUAUUAACUCUUAUAAAAAACUCUCUGGAGUUAAGCCAAACUGCACUGGCAAUGCCAAUGGCCAGAUUAUGCAUAAGGUUCGACACCGGAUGCCGCAACGCAACGCAAAUUUUUUUGUUUUUAAAGCAGAUAAAUUUAUUUCUGAAAGUGAAUUUUCGAAACUAUUGACACCAGAGUAGUCAACAACUGUCACUGAAAGAUGCGAACGAACGGUUUGUUAUGGUUACUUUGUUAC